CACCAUUCGAUCUGUCAAGUGCAUAUUUGAAUAAAGUCAUUAUUCUUUUUCCUAUUUCGGCAAUUGUAGCAGUCGCUUUAAUUGACAUGACGCUCACUAUAAAAAAAGGUUUUAAAUAAUAUGAUCAAUUCUGCUGCAGUAAUGAUUCAUCAUAAUGAAAGUAACAAAGUUUUAGAUGAAACAGGAAUAGACGAAUCACAAAAUUUAACUUGUUACAAAAGAAAUUUACCUAAUGCACCUGUGUCGGAGUCUCUAGAUAAAAGAAUGUCUCUUGAUAAUGCACAAGCAAAAAAUGAUAGUGGAAAUGGAAUAAACAAAAUUAAAUAUUACACCUCAAAAAAGAAAAAAGAAAAACGAUUACAAACUGGUGUCUCAUCUUCUAAAUUUUAUGUGUCUCAUGACUUAAAUAUUCAGAAUGAAGUUGAUAAAAAUUUUACUAAUAAAACAAUGUUAAAAAAAGAUUUUAAGAUUUCAGAUAAAAGUAAUACUGUUUCUGAAAGUCAGACCCAUGUUGCUUUAUAUAAAUUUUUUCCUAGGCACAAAGAUGAACUUUUGUUUAAGGAUGGAGAUCCUAUACAAGUUUUGAAAAUGAAUGAUGACUUAUGGUAUGAAGGUGUUAAUUUAUUGACUAAUAAACAAGGCAUAUUCCCAUGUCGAUACGUUGCUGACAUUCUGCAAAAAGAAAUUAUUUCAGCUGACGUUAAAGAUGCUGAUCAUAUGCAAUUCCUCAUGAGGUUCCUUGGAUCAGUUGAAGUUGCAGAUUUUAAAGGAGAAGAUGUUCUUGCAUUUGCAAUUGCUAAGAUUGUCAAUCAACGUAGUAUGCUUACUGCAGCUGAUCCUCCUUCAUGUGUUUUACAAUUGAGUAAUAAAGGAAUUCGAAUUUCAGAUAUUAAGUAUUCUGAAAAAGAUAAUGAAAAAUUAAAUAAAAAAGUUAAAAAAGGAAAAGAUAAAGAAGAAAAGAAGAAUGAAGUUAAUGAUGCCGAUGAUAAUUCAGCACAUUUUUUUUCACUAAAGAAUGUGACUUUCUGUGGAAACCAUCCUAAAGACCAUAGAUAUUUUGGUUUUAUAACUAAACAUCCUGAUGAACAUAGAUUUGCUUGCCAUGUAUUUAUGUCUAAGUUUUCUACUGAUUCUAUAUGUCAUAUCUUAGGAGAAUGCUUUAAAUCGUUUUACGAAUCGUAUAUGGAAUAUAGAGCUCCUACAGAAGACAUUUAUUUAGAAUAAAUUUAAUAAGUUACAAAGUUUGGUAUAAAAUUUUUUUAUUUAUUGAAGAAAUUCACUUAAGUAAUUUCAUAUUAGUUUAUUUUUAAUUAAUAAUAAUAAAAAAAAAUACCAGAAAUCUUAAUCUAAAUUUUGUUGAGUUUACUCAGAUAGGAUCAGGAGUAUGCAUAAACUAACGGAAUGAUUUCAGUUCUUCCGUAUAUAAAAAUUACUUUUUUACACUAUAUUUUUAAUUUUGACAAACCUCUUAGACGAAAUAAAUUUUUAUAACCUCAGCGGUGCCAUUUCUU